GGGUUCCCGGAUGCAGGCACGUUCGGCGGUUAUAAAGCGCCUGGGGAAGGCGGGAGCGGGCGCAGUUUGAAUCGCGGCGGGUCGGGGCAGGUCGGUGGUGUUGCCCGGGCUCCGUGCGUGCGGGACGCUCUCUUCCUCUGCCUGCCCCUGCGCGGCGGUCCGGUUCGCGAUGGCUGGCGGUAAAGCUGGGAAGGACUCUGGGAAGACCAAGACCAAAGCAGUGUCCCGUUCUCAGCGGGCUGGACUGCAGUUCCCUGUUGGCCGCAUCCACAGGCAUCUGAAGUCAAGGACUACCAGCCAUGGGCGUGUAGGAGCCACAGCUGCUGUGUAUAGUGCUGCAAUCCUGGAGUACUUGACAGCUGAGGUUCUUGAGCUGGCAGGAAAUGCUUCCAAAGAUUUGAAGGUGAAACGCAUCACUCCCCGUCACUUGCAACUGGCAAUUAGAGGAGAUGAAGAAUUGGAUUCUCUCAUUAAGGCAACAAUUGCUGGUGGUGGUGUAAUACCGCAUAUCCACAAGUCUCUCAUUGGCAAGAAAGGACAACAGAAAACUGUCUAAAGGAUACCAGGAUUCCUCGUUAUCUCAGGACUCUUCAAGUACUUAAUUGUCCAGUGUUGGUGAUGCCAGUGGACUGUAUCUGUGAAACACAAUUUUGCCUUUUUGUAACUUUGAGAAGCUGAAGCUCCCUUGAGCUUUCUAACAAACCAAAUUUCUGCAUUGAAGUCUUAACCGUAUUUAAGUGUUACCAUGGCUUCAAAGAAGCUAUUGUAUUUGUAGUGGGUUUUGAUUGAGCUGACUGGUUUUUAGAUUGGUUUAAGUAAAGGAAAUGUUUGGUUUUUGUACAGACUUUUCAUCCACUAGAGUGGAAAUAUUCAAUAAAUGUUAUAUCAAGA